AUGGCCUCGACUUCCCGUAGGAGCAUCUGGGUGGUGUUCACCUGGGUGGUGUUCACCUGGGUGGUGGUCCUCUGUGGACCGCUGGUGGAGGCAGAUGGACCAUUGACCUCUGCAUCCACUGUUCUGACUUCAACAAAUGGACCUUUGACAUCUGACCCACUGACUUCUCAAACUACGGUUCAAACUUCAACAGCAGAGCCAUCCACUUCUGCUUCCACAGUUCUGACUUCAACAGAUGGACCAUUAACUUCUGCAUCAACAGUUCUGACUUCAACAGAUGGAACAAUAAGUACUGCAUCCACGGUUCUGACUUCAACAGAUGGACCAUUGACCUCUGCAUCCACAGUUCUGACUUCAACAGAUGGAACAGUGACCUCUGCAUCCACAGUUCUGACUUCAACGAAUGAACAACUGACUUCUGUAUCCACAGUUCUGACUUCAACAGAUGGACCAUUGAACUCUGCAUCCACAGUUCUGACUUCAACAGAUGGAACAUUGACUUCAGACCCACUGACUUCUCAAACUACGGUUCAAACUUCAACAGCAGAGCCAUCGACUUCUGCAUCCACAGUUCUGAUUUCAACAGAUGGAACAAUAACUUCUGCAUCCACGGUUCUGACUCCAACAGAUGAACCAUCGACUUCUGCAUCCACAUUUCUGACUUCAACAGAAGGACCAUUGACCUCUGCAUCCACAGUUCUGACUUCAGCAGAUGGAACAGUGACUUCGGACCCACUGACUUCUCAAACUACGGUUCAAACUUCAACAGCAGUUCUGACUUCAACGAAUGAACAAUUGACUUCUGCAUCCACAGUUCUGACUUCAACAGAUGGAACAUUGACUUCGGACCCACUGUCUUCUCAAACUACGGUUCAAUCUUCAACAGCAGUUCUGACUUCAACGAAUGAACAAUUGACUUCUGCUUCCACAGUUCGGACUUCAACAGAUGGACCAUUGACCUCGGCAUCCACUGUUCUGACUUCAACAGAUGGACCUUUGACAUCUGAGCAACUGACUUCUCAAACUACGGUUCAAACUUCAACAACAGAGACAUCGACCUCUGCAUCCACAGUUCUGACUUCAACAGAUGGACCAUUGACCUCUGCAUCCACAGUUCUGACUUCAGCAGAUGGAACAUUGACUUCGGACCCGCUGACUUCUCAAACUACGGUUCAAACUUCAACAGCAGAUCCAUUGACUUCUGCAUCCACAGUUCUGACUUCAACCUAUGGAACAGUGACUUCUGCUUCCACUGUUAUGACUUCAACAAAUGGACAAUUGACUUCUGCAUCCACAGUUCUGACUUCAACAGAUGGAACAUUGACUUCGGACCCACUGACUUCUCAAACUACGGUUCAAACUUCAACAGCAGAGCCAUCGACUUCUGCAUCCACAGUUCUGACUUCAACAGAUGGACCAUUGACUUCUGCAUCAACAGUUCUGACUUCAACAGAUGGAACAUUGACUUCGGACCCAUUGAGUUCUCAAACUACGGUUCAAACUUCAACAACAGAGACAUCAACUUCUGCAUCCACAAUUCUUACUUCAACAGAUGGACCAUUGACUUCUGCAUCAACAGUUUUCACUUCGACAGAUGGAACAUCGACUUCUGCAUCAACAGUUCUUACUUCAACAGAAGGACCAUUGACUUCUGCAUCAACAGUGCUGACUUCAACGGAUGGAACAGUAACAUCUGCAUCCCCAGUUCUGACUUCAACAGAUGGACCAUUGACCUCUGCAUCCACUGUUCUGACUUCAACAGAUGGACCUUUGACAUCUGACCCACUGGCUUCUCAAACUACGGUUCGAACUUCAACAGUAGAGCCAUCGACUUCUGCAUCCACAGUUCUGACUUCAACAGAUGGACCAUUGACUCCUGCAUCAACCGUUCUGACUUCAACAGAUGAACCAUUGACUCCUGCAUCAACCGUUCUGACUUCAACAGAUGGAACAGUAACAUCUGCAUCCACAGUUCUGACUUCAACAGAUGGACCAUUGACCUCUGCAUCCGCUGUUCUGACUUCAACAGAUGGACCUUUGACAUCGGACCCACUGACUUCUCAAUCUACGGUUCAAACUUCAACAGCAGAUCCUUUGACUUCUGCAUCCAUAGUUCUGACUCCAGCGGAUGGAACUGUGACUUCUCUAUCCACAGUUCUGACUUCAACAAAUGGACCAUUGACUUCAGCAUCAACAGUUCUGACUUCAACAGAUGGAACAGUAACUCCUGCAUCCACAGUUCCGACUCCAACAGAUGGACCAUUGACCCCUGCAUCCACAGUUCUGACUUCAACCUUUGGAACAGUGACCUCUGCAUCCACAGUUCUGACUUCAACAAAUGAACAAUUGACUUCUGCAUCCACAGUUCUGACUUCAACCGAUGGAACAUUGACUUCGGACCCACUGACUUCUCAAACUACGGUUCAAACUUCAACCGCAGAUCAAUUGACUUCUGCAUCCACAGUUCUGACUUCAACAAAUGGACCAUUGACUUCAGCAUCAACAGUUCUGACUUCAACAGAUGGAACAGUAACUCCUGCAUCCACAGUUCAAACUUCAACAGCUGAGCCAUCGACUUCUGCAUCCACAGUUCUGACUUCAACCUUUGGAACAGUGACCUCUGCAUCCACAGUUCAGACUUCAACGAAUGGACAAUUGACUUCUGCAUCCACAGUUCUGACUUCAACAGAUGGCACAUUGACUUCGGACCCACUGACUUCUCAAACUACGGUUCAAACUUCAACAGCAGAGCCAUCGACUUCUACAUCCACAGUUCUGACUUCAACGAAUGGACAAUUGACUUCUGCAUCCACAGUUCUGACUUCAACAGAUGGACCAUUGACCUCUGCAUCCACAGUUCUUACUCCAACAGAUGGGAUAGUGACUUCUGACCCACUUACUUCUCAAACUACUGUUCAAACUUCAACAUCCGAGACAUCGACUUCUGCAGUCGCAGUUCUGACUUCAACAGCAGAGCCAUCGACCUCUGCAUCUACAGUUCUGACAUCGACAGAUGGAACAGUGACUUCUGCAUCCACAGUCCAGACUUCAACAGAUGGAACAUUGACUUCGGACCCACUGACUUCUCAAAUUACGGUUCAAACUUCAACAACAGAGACAUCAACUUCUGCAUCCACAAUUCUUACUUCAACAGAUGGACCAUUGACUUCUGCAUCAACAGUUUUCACUUCGACAGAUGGAACAUCGACUUCUGCAUCAACAGUUCUUACUUCAACAGAAGGACCAUUGACUUCUGCAUCAACAGUGCUGACUUCAACGGAUGGAACAGUAACAUCUGCAUCCCAAGUUCUGACUUCAACAGAUGGACCAUUGACCUCUGCAUCCACUGUUCUGACUUCAAGAGAUGGACCAUUGACUUCUGCAUCCACAGUUUUGACUUCAACUAAUGGAACAGUGACUUCUGACCCAAUGACUCCACAAACUACGCUUCAAUCCUCUGAAACAUCUGAAACAUUGACUACUCCAUCUAAUGUUCAAACUUCAGCAUCAAUAACAGUGACUACUCAAUCUUCUCCGCCAACUUUAACUACUGAACCAUUUACUAAUCAAAGUACGCUGCCAACUUCAACAGCUCGACCAGUGACUUCUGCAUCUACGGUUCCGGCUUCAACAGCUCGACCAGUAAUUACCGUCCCAUUGACUACUCAAUCUGCGGUUCCAACAACUAAACCACCAGAAUGCCAGAAUGGAGGAUAUCGCAAUGGUACAGAAAAAUGCAUCUGUCUAACAGGAUUCCGCGGAGACCUUUGCGAGCAUUUCUCAGAUUAUGUUAAACCAGAAGAGGUUAACACAAAAGUUGUUGUGGAGGUGGUGGUGAACCAGGAUUAUAAACCAGAAUAUAACGAUAACAAAUCACCAGAAUACGAAGACUUUGUUCAGAACUUUACACAACAGAUGACUUCAUACUAUAAAAAAGCGAACAUAAAGAACUUCGAAGGUGUGAUUGUUACAAAAGUGAGUCCUGCAGUUUCCUUUGUCAGGAGAUAUAGGUCAGGAAGUAAUGGAGUGAAUGUAACACAUGAUAUUGUGCUGUUGCUUCAAAAUAAUGCUGACUUUGAGACACAAUAUGGAAAUAUUGUUAAUGAAAUCAAGGAGGCAGUUGUUAACCUCACUAGCUGCAGAAAAGGUGAGGCAGAUUGUCCUGGAUUUGACAUUUCCAACAAAACAGAUGUUAGCAAACCAGAAGAUUUUGGCCAAAAUAUUUGUGCAGACAUCAUUCCAGACUCAUCUCUUCUUGAGUUCUAUGAAGCCCUGAAUGCCAGUGGGUGGAGUUGUGUGACGAUGUGUGACAAGAAUCACAGCAACCCAAAGAACUGCUUCAACGAGGGCGUAUGCAACGUGUACAGCGGCAUCGGACCCACUUGCGAAUGUGCAAAUGUUGAUUCUACCUGGUACCUCGGUGAUGACUGCAGUUCCCCAAUCUACAAAGUUGCCUUCUACGCUGGUUUAUCAACUACUCUCAUAGUUCUCCUACUGACCGUGGGAGCUCUGUCCGGGUACCUCUACUUCAACAAGCAACGACAGAACCGCAAGAGAGACGUCAGAGAGUCGCUGGUGAACGAGUUCCUGAACGAAGACUUGGUCUGGCCUAAAUCUAGAGAUCAUCUCCCUGCACCUUCAGGAAUGUACAGUAACCCCUCCUUCAGCGCGGACCCGACCAACCGCCAGGGCCACUACCUGAUCCAGACCCCCCCGCGGGGAACCGCCGCUUCGACCAGGGGCGACCAGGACGCCGCAUCCUCUACCGGCGCCUCCGAAUCAUCACAGAACCAGCUAUCAAUAAACCAGCCGAUGCAGAACCGUCGGCCCCAGAUCACGUUGGGGGGGGGCCCGUGGCGGGACCCGCCCGCCAGCUGGAGUUAGUGUACCGGUCCCCUGAGGACCAGGAAUUUAAUUUCUAAUUUCUAUUUAUCAAAUGCCCAGCUUAACAAAGUCCCGCUCUGCUGUCCUAACGUCUGGAGACGAAGGGCUCCAGGGAGACAUGAUGUAUGAUGAAGGAUGUAUGAUGUAUGCAAUGGUGUUAUUUAAAAAAUGUAAUAAAGAAUUGAGAAAGUGAGAGGUUAUCUGUUUAUUGAGAA